AUGCCACACUGUGCCGUCCCAUUCAAGCCAAAACCCCUGGAAGAGAAGAAUGUAGAAAUACAGCCAUUCUCAUUUGAGGCUCAGGACAACGAGAGGCAAACACUGAAGGAAAAGAAACUGCAAGAAAUCCGUAAAGAGAUGGCUGAGAAAACAUACAGACAUGGAGAGCAAAGCAUAUGUCUCUGUUGCACAGCAGGUGGAAGAAUUUCAACGUCGCACACCAUCACAUUAUCAUUUGAGAAGCAAGCAACUUGUGGAAGAAGUUACAGAUUCAAAGCUCAAGAACUAAACCCCAGAAUCCUGGAAGGUGGCCCAGAGAAGCCACCGGUGAACGAACCCACAGAGCUUAUUGGCUUUCGCUUGGAGACCGACAAUCGUAUCAGGAAGCGGGAAGAAAAUCGCAAGCCCGAGGAUCAGGAGCAGUACUUUUUCCAUCCCUGUCCGUGCCCCAUCCGGAUGCUGGAAGAUGUUGUGGGAGUUCCAGAAAAGAGUAAGCUACCAUUGACAGUGCCUCAUUCUCCAGUUUUUGCAGUGAAAAGCCGUACAAGAAUUCCACUUAAAGAGGAGCAGGAAGAAAAGCUAGUAAAGCAGAUUAAGAUAAACACUAUGCCACACUGUGCCGUCCCAUUCAAGCCAAAACCCCUGGAAGAGAAGAAUGUAGAAAUACAGCCAUUCUCAUUUGAGGCUCAGGACAACGAGAGGCAAACACUGAAGGAAAAGAAACUGCAAGAAAUCCGUAAAGAGAUGGCUGAGGUCCCUACAUUUAAAGCGCAGCCACUUCCUGACUUUGACUUGGCUCAGUUACCAGAGAAGGUGGUGAAGUCUCCAACUAAACUCCAGCCUUUCCAUCUACGCAUAGAAGAGAGAGGGGUUGUUCAAGCAGAACGCUGGACGCAGAUGAUGAAAGAAGAGCUCAGGCAACAAAAGGAAGCUGCAUGUUUUAAAGCCAACCCCAGCUCUGCUAUUUGCCGAGAGCCAUUCAUGCCAAAGAAAGCAGAGCGAUCACUGACAGGAAAGCUUUGAGCCGGCAACUGAGAAGAGAGCAAAAGAACGUAUGGAAUUUGAGAAGUACAAAGCUGAUAAAGAGGUGAUGCGAGAGCAGGCAGAACAGGAAAAGCAGAAUCGAAAAGAGGAGCAAGAGAGAAAAGAAAUUGCACAACUUCGUCAUGACAAGUGCAGAGAACCCUUCCAAAGAGAUGAUGUGAUUUUCCUGAAUGGGAGUAAAGAAGAAAUGGAAAUUCUUAAGAGAAGAGUGGAGGAACGGAAAUUGAAAGCCAAGCUGGAGAGGAAAGCAAAGACGUCAAAGACCAUAUCUAAACCUGCUGCUACUGAAGGUUUAAAUACUUUUGUUACUUUGUGCAUAGAAAUUCCAGAGUCAUCAAGCACAAAGUCCGAAGAAACAAUCACCAGUGAGCAGUGAGCACACUAUUUCUGAAACAGACAGAACCAGAUACCAUCACCGCCUACUUUAGUUGUAAAUCCAGGAGAUUAAAUUUCUUUCCUCUAUGUGGACUUUUUCUCUAGGAUCUCUUCCUAAUUCUGCCGAGACUCCAGUGGCACUUGUGUGAUUUUAAUCCUGGUGGUAUUGAAAGUGAAAAUGUUUAAUUGGUGAUGGGAUCAGACUGAAGUGGUGAGACUUACCUCAGGCCCAGAGCUCACACUAAUUAUUGCUCAAACGCGCUUCCAAUUGUCUACUGGUGGCUUUACUCUCAUGAAAACUCUUCAUUUUGCUUAAUAAAUCUCACAAAGGA